GCGGAAGUGCGCCAUACUGGGUUUCCUGUCGUUUUCAUUUUGGUUAAUUACUGAUACGCUUGUUAAUUUUUCUUUAAAGAAAGCCUUCAGACAAGCUCAGCAUUCUUUUAAUCUCAGAAACGGACAAAAAUUGCCACAUCUCUUUCUCCUAAAUUAUAUUUUGCUCUAACUCGUAGUCUUUGGUUUUUAGAGUUGAUAUGCUGGCACCACCAAUUCCUACCAUCAUGCCGGCUCUUCUGGAGAGGCCCAAACUGUCUAAUGCCAUGGCACGUGCCUUGCAUAAGCACAUUAUGAGAGAGAGGGAGCGGAAGAGGCAAGAGGAGGAAGAGGUUGACAAAAUGAUGGAGCAGAAACUAAAAGAAGAGGAAGAGAGGAAGAGGAAGAAAGAGAUGGAAGAGAGAAUGUCCUUAGAGGAAACAAAAGAGCAGAUUAUGAAGAUGGGAGUGAAGCUGCAGGGUCUUCAAGAGGAGAAGCACCAGCUUUUUCUGCAGCUGAAGAAAGUCCUACAUGAGGAGGAGAAAAGACGUCGGAAAGAACAGAGUGACAUGACAACUCUGACUUCGGCAACAUACCAGCCAAACAUGUCCAUCCACAGUGGACCGCACCUUCUCAGCAUGCAAGCGGGUCAGGUUAGUCAUGGGCGUUCAGGUGCUCUUCUUGGGGAACGGAGUAAACAGCUCUUCCAGUCGCCAGUCAUUUCUACACGUCAUUUCCAGUCUCAGCCAGGAUUCAGUGCAGGUGGAACCGAGCAUGGCCAGUACUCUGGAGCCCAGGCGAGUCAUAGCCCGUAUGGAGUCAGCCAGCCGCAGCAUACAUCACCUUUUGCCUCCAGUCAGCCGGUGCCAGCCAAUUAUGCCAGUGGUUCACAACUUAGAGGUGCAUCAGCAUUCCAGGCCAUGCAGUACUUGCCCCAUCAGCAGCAGGGUUAUGCGGUCCACAGUCACUUCACCUCUCAGCCAGGUUAUAUCCCCAGCGCUGGGAUUCCCCUGCAGAAACAGUUGGAACAUGCUAACCAGCAGUCCGGCUUCACAGACUCAAGUUCAUUGAGGCCCAUGCAUCCACAGGCUCUGCAUGUCAGUGGUGCAGGUUUGCUGCCUACUGCUUCUAUUGCUGUCCAGAUCCCUCCUGGCAAGUCUGGCUUACCAUAUGCACAUCCACCAAGGCCAGCUUCCCCAGGCGCAUUCACGCAUGGAACGCCCUCACAACAAGCACAUGCGGCUACAUUUCAAAACUCUUCUCAACCAACCCCUCGCCACACCUACCUUUCUCACAGCCAGUCAGGGCAGAGGUUUUACCACCAUGGCAAAUAGCUAUUCAUUUCAGUCUCAUGCAGAAUGUUAGGGUGUGAAGAUAAGAUUCACCACUAACACUUUGGAGCCUUUUGGAUUAAAGCUACAUAGCACACAACGCUUGGCAUCAUAGUGUUACGAUGUGACUGUAUUACUGUCACACGCAAGUCAUUUUCUGUGUCAUUCUUCAGCUGUUAGACCUCCCUUUGCAACAGGGUAUGCCAUUUAUUUCAUUAUUACAGUGGGAUGUGUCUGAAAGUUUUUUUUUUAUGCAUUUGAAGACAUCGACAACAGCUGUGCCAACAUUAUAAUACCACUAUAUGUCACAACUAAAAUUAAAUCUUUUAAUUCUUUUAAAAUUAAAACUAACUAACAAUAUAGGAACAGACUAGAAGAUUGUAUUUCCAUGUUCUGUAACAGACCUCCCACUCAGUGCUGUCUAUAACUUGUAUUAACAUUGAUGAAUGCACCUUUUCCCUAAUUCAAAGAACAGGAAAAUAAUAUUUUCAUAAGAUUUUAAAUUGCAAAUGUGAUGUUUUUAGCCAACCAACUGAAUUUCACAAAACUGCACUUAAAAAUAUGAAUAUUAUUAAUAAUCUGUUUAAAAGAGCUUGUUAAAAUCCUAAAUAAAUAGCUGUGUAG